AUGAAUGUUGGAAUUCUCUCGUGUGUCAUCUUUGAACGGGGCAUAGAGACCACAAGUAUUCCGAGUAUAUCAGCAUGGACUCGGUUACAUUUCAACUCAAUCGGUAAUUCCAAUGGCACUACUAUACGAAGAAGACUAAAUGCCAUUGCCAGCGUCAGCAUUUACCCAAAAGAAAGUCUACAUCUAGGGAGCAACAUAAGCGGAAGCCAGGAAGAUGUUAGGAAAAAGUUGCAGGGUAAGCGAGAAGAAGGGAUUUGUAAUGAACAAAAUGAGAUAAGGUUUUGUGUGCAACGCAACUCACCUCUCAUAGAUCAAACGUGUGGGUUUGAAUUGAUAGUGAAGUUGCCAAAAGAUGCGUUGGAAAAAUGGAAAUCACACAUCAUAAUCGUUUCAAAGAUCCAUCCGACACCAAACGACGAUGAAAACUAG